UACUCCGUUGCACACUGACUGUGUUAUUUUUGUUUCUUUCAUUGAAGUCGUUUUUUCACGACAGCACUUGAAGGCAGCAAAGUUUGAAAAGUAUGGCGACGGAGUGUCUAACAACAAUCUCAGAGCAAUGGAUACGCGACAGAUUACAACUAAAACAUCCGUGUCUCGGUGAUGUCCGGUCACUGAGCCUCCCAGGAACGUUAGAGGAGAAGAUUGGACAUCUAGGGAACGCUCUGAAUAACUUCAUUCGCCUGAAGUCUCUGGAUCUUUCCUACAACGCCCUGGUUUCUGUGGAGGGGCUGCAGCAUUUAAAAAAACUGGAGAGGUUGAUUCUUUAUCAUAACUGCAUACCAUCUCUUGAAGAGGUGAAAACUCUGUUCCAGCUUCCUGUUUUAAGAGAGCUGGACCUCAGGCUCAACCCUCUCACCAAAAACUGCCCACACUACUGGGCUUAUAUCGUGCACGCCUUGCCCAGCUUGCGAAAGCUUGACAGCUGCUCGGUCAGAGAGACGGAACGCAAAGUUGCCAUCAUGCAGUUCUCCUCUGAUCUUCCUCCUCAGCAGAAGAGAUGCUCUCUGAAUCUGGCUGAAGAUCAAAGAAGCAGCAGGUUUCGUCUGGCUUUGGUCGACCGUUUGACCAAGAGGCUGUCACUCUCAGCAGAAAGUCAGGAUAUUGUGUUAAACAGAGUCGAGGCUGACCUUGGAGACCAAUCUAAAAGAGUCAGCGACUCCGUUUACAGGAAAGGAGAAGAACCCAAGGAGGAAAUAUUACAAAAUUUCACAGAGAAGAAGAGUUCAACUCCAAAACAGGAAUCUACUAAAUCCAUCCUCAGAUAUUCACCCAAUAUCAAUGAUGUUGUUGUAUCCAGAGGGCUACAGAUGAAGGAGACACCUCCAAUGAAAAACUCUACCUCAUCUAAAGUAGCUGAAAGGCCUAAAGUGUCCUUCGGUCCUUUUGUAGAGAAACACAGUGCAGACAGAGGACUUCCAAACCAGAAGCUGUCCUUUAAACAAAUCAGACACGAAGCUAAGGGCCAUUUUACUCCAAACCCUGAUCAAAGCCAGUGUCGUAGCACCUCAUUGAUCAACAUCCGUCCUGCCAGUCCACUGCAACCCGGUUUGACUCUGUCUGAGUCCUCUAACCCCAUCUUACACCCUGCAAGACUCACCUACUCUAGCAUCAACACGGCAGACGGGAGCAGCAGCCUGAAACAACAAGCUGGAAGGAAAAAAAGGGGUACUUACCGGAAGCCCCUGGAGAUGCUUCUGAACCUCGUUGACAAACACUGGAGGGGCGAGAGGUCACUGCACCAUAACAACAACUUCCUGUCUCAAGCUGUCCAAAUCCUCUCUAUGAUGGAGAGCGACAUUUCCAGUCGAGAGGCUGAGGUCAGGACCUUAAGGCAGGAUGUUGAUACACUCAGAAUUCAAGCUGUUGCCCGGGAGGAAGAACACAAAACUGAAGUCAGGAAGCUCUCUGCUCAGCUGGAGGAAACUCGUAGAACCGAGGGGAAACUAAACGAGCAGCUGAGGAUCGUCUUGGAGGAAAAUGUCACACUGCAGAAGCAGCUCAUCAAGUUAGAGCGUCAGUACCUCAAAUCAAUGAUAAGAAGUUCACCGAUGACUCAGAUCAGAGAGGCUCAGACAGAAGUGGAGGAGCUAAAGAAGGACAUCGAGGGACUGAGGAGGAAAGUGCAUGAAGCUGAAAAGAUCCAGGACCUUUCAAAUAUGCUGCAAGAGAGCCACAAGUCUCUGGUGGCUACCAACCAGUCUUUGCUUGCCGAGCUGAAGGGAAGCGGAGAGCAUUUGAGGCAGAUAUGAUGGAAAGGUCAGUUGUGUCUGUCUGCAAUGGAGUGGAUGCAUCAAGGCUGCAGCUGCACUCUGACUUUAUUUAUACGUCUGCCUGAAGGGCUAGAGGGCUGCGCACGCACAUGCACUUUCCUCUCACAAACCUUAAUACAAGACUGACCAGCUUAGCAUUUCUAUGCAACACAAAGUCCACACAGCUUUGGCUCUCCUCUAAAUGUUACCGGUCACUGGUUUGGUGCUGUUGCUGCAGUUUGAUUUUUGACUCCUACUCGGCACAUGUUGGGAUUUCUUUAUUUUUUGAAUAAAGCACUAUAAAUCAUGAACACACCUGGAGAAAUCUCGAGAUCAAGGACAGACGCUGAAACACGGCAUGCACUGGGUCACAAUGAGCAUGUUAAAAAGGACUUGGAAAACUAUUGUUUCUCCACAAUAAAAGUGCACAUUAUUUGGCAUCAGAAGCACAGAAACGAUACUCCAGCGUUCGCAGCAGACACAAAAACACACCGAGCUGCUAGUUUUGAUGCAUGACUCUUCAUCGGCUGAGGCUACAGGUAGUGCGUUACACAAGAAACUGUUAUCUUGGAAAAAUAUUUUACAAAAGUGGCUUGUUUGUUUCUCCUUUCAUGUGGAAUACUUAGUAAAUAAACAUUAAAAAAAC